AUGGUUGUGCAUUGCCACAUGCUUCUGUGUAACCUGGGUACUCUCGCACCGUUUUUGCUGGACGACGUGGUCCUUUUCUUCAGCCGGGAAGAGUGGGAUUUGCUGAAUGAUGCUCAGAAGACACUCUACAGGGACGUGGUGAUGGAAAUCUUGGGAAACCUGGACUUUAUUUUUAUUGCUAAAAGCCUUGACAUUGUCAAUGACAGAGAACCAUUAUCCCCUGAAAGUACAGAGUUGAAAUUCUGGCAUUCCAUGUUAGCAAAAAUGUUAAAACCGAGUGGCAAAGAAGAUCUACAUAACAUUGUAGAGGACCAUUGGAGAAAUGUAACAACAGAGGAACUGUGUGAAGGGAGUGAAGAAAAUCACCCUGACAAACUGUGCAUCAGAUUUCCAAAUUAUUCCGGCAACCAUGCAGACAUAAACCUGUUGAGGGCUGACACUGGUGCAAGUAGCCAUGCAUGUAAGAACGGUGGGAAAGAUUUCUGUACUUUCUCCUCUUUUUGGAAACAUGGAGUAGAUGAACAUGAAACGACAGAAUAUGGUAAUAUCUAUAGGAAUCUUGCCUCUUUAGAUUUUCAAGAAGCAUUUAAUGAUGUAAAUAAGCCUUCCAAUUGUACUGGAAAUGGGAAACACUUUGCUUCUUCUGACCCCCUUACGAGUCCAUCAGACGUCACCGUCAAGAGACAAUCAUAUGGUGUAGAGAAGCCUUAUAAAUGUCCGCUCAUAGUACAUAGAAGAAUUCACACAGGAGAGAGACCUUACAAAUGUCAAGAAUGUGAGAAAGCCUUUGCUGGCCCUAACAGCCUAAAAAGACACAGAAGUAUUCACAAAGUGGAGAGACUUUAUUCACAUAAGGAAUGUGGAGAAACAUUUUCCGAAACAAGUAAGCUAAUAUUACAUAGCAGAACUCACACAGGAGAGAGACCUAACGAAUGUCAAGAAUGUGAGGAAACCUCUUGCGAUCCUAGCAAACUGAAGAGACACGGAAGUAUUCACACAGGAGAGAGACCUUAUUUAUGUAAGGAAUGUGGGGAAAGGUUUUCCAUAUCACGUGAGCUCACUGUACAUCGAAGAAUUCACGCAGGAGAGAGACCUUACAAAUGUCAGGACUGUGAGAAAACAUUUUCCCAGUUAGGUCAGCUCAAGAUACAUAGAAGAAUUCACACAGGAGAGAGACCUUACCAAUGUCAGGACUGUGGGAAAACAUUUUCCCAGUUAGGUCGGCUCAAGGGACAUGAAAGAAUUCACACAGGAGAGAGACCUUACGAAUGUCAGGAAUGUGGGAAAAGAUUCUCACGAUCAGAUAACCUCAGUGUACAUAGAAGAAUUCACACAGCGGAGAGACCUUACAAAUGUAAGGAAUGUGGGAAAGCAUUUGCACAACCAAGACACACUAAGAAGACACGAAAGAAUUCACACCAGAGACCUUACGAAUGUCAGGAAUGUGGGAAAAUAUUUUCCCAAUCAAGUCAGCUCGCAUUACAUAGAAAAAUUCACACAGGAGAGAAACCUUACAAAGAUUUAAGAAUUUGGGAAAACAUUUUUCCAAUCAAGUCAACUCAAUGA